AUGUCCACCGUGUUGCUUAACUUUACUCUAAGCGGGGAGACCUAUUCACUCCCGUUCGCUCAAAUCGACUACUAUCACUCUUACUUCAUGAAAUAUGCUUUUGUUUAUGGCACUGCUAUAGGUUCAUGCAUUAUUACAGUUAUAAUGAUGUGGAUCUGCUCAAGUAAGAAGACAUCGCCCAUCUUCAUACUUAAUCAGUUGACAUUACUCUUUAUGCUUAUCAGAUCUACACUUUUCAUAGCAUACUUAAGGGGCCCCUUUACCGCAAUGAGCUACAUGGUACUCUUUGAUAGCUCUACCAUUUCUGACCCUUAUCAGGCUUACCAAGUUACAGUUGCUGCUUCAGCAAUUGAAAUCCCAUUGGUGACAUGCAUUCAGCUUCUGCUUAUUUAUCAAAUAUUCACUGUCUUCCGAACUCAGAAAUUCAAGCAACUCAAGUUCAUAUUGGUCGGUAUAUUCUGUUCGUUAGCAGUUGUAAUUGUGGCAAUCUAUAUUUAUAGCAUUGUAGCGUUUGCUGAUGAGCUGAAAGUUUACUACGAACCAACUCACCAGGCAGGUUAUUACGCAAGUUGGAGUAGUAAUUUGCCAUUUACUUUAUUUUCUGCUUCGGUUAUAGCCAGCUCCACCAUCUUCAUUUUCAAGUUGGUUAUGGCUAUCAGAUCAAGGAAGAUUCUUGGUUUGAAGCAGUUUGGUCCCUUCCACGUCUUGGUCAUCAUGAGUACUCAAACCAUGAUCAUACCCUCAGUCUUGUUAAUAAUCGGUUUCACAACAGAUUCGUCGUAUACCCCAACAAUUGGUAUGCUAAUUACAGUUCUAUCCCUACCAUUGUCGUCAAUGUGGGCAUUUUCUUUGAAUAAUAACCUGCACCCAACAUCUUCGGCUCUUUCCUUAAUUUCCAGAUCUUCAUCUGGAUCCAGUGAGAAUACAGCCAUUUCAGCUGCUAUCAACUCUUAUUCUAUGUUUACGAAGACUCAGAAGAAAGGGCCUGACCUUGAAAAUGGUGAUGCCAUGGCUGAAAGAAAGCUUGAAGAUCAAUACUUCGAAGGUACUAACUCAGAGGCUUCGUAUGAGAUGCAGCUUGAGGGUGCUUCACUUAUAGACAGAAAAAAUGACUCUAUCUCAGUAAAGAGUGAAAGUGUCAAAUAA